GCUUCUCUGCGCGUGCGCCUCCUCACACGCCUGCAGGUAUGGCGUUCUGGUGUCAGCGUGACAGCUAUGCCCGAGAGUUCACCACCACCGUGGUCUCCUGCUGUCCCGCGGAGCUGCAGACUGAAGGGAGCAACGGCAAGAAAGAAGUGCUGAGCGGUUUCCAAGUGGUGCUGGAAGACACACUGCUUUUCCCUGAGGGCGGGGGACAGCCUGAUGACCGUGGUACAAUCAAUGACAUCUCUGUGCUGAGAGUGACUCGCCGUGGGGAACAGGCUGAUCAUUUCACCCAGACACCCCUGGAUCCAGGAAGCCAGGUUCUGGUCCGGGUAGAUUGGGAGCGGAGGUUUGACCACAUGCAGCAGCAUUCAGGGCAGCAUCUCAUCACGGCAGUUGCUGACCAUCUAUUUAAGCUGAAGACAACAUCAUGGGAGUUAGGGAGAUUUCGGAGUACGAUUGAGCUGGACACCCCCUCUAUGACUGCAGAGCAAGUAGCUGCCAUUGAGCAGAGCGUCAAUGAAAAAAUCAGAGAUCGGCUGCCUGUGAAUGUCCGAGAACUGAGCCUGGAUGAUCCUGAGGUGGAGCAGGUGAGUGGCCGGGGUUUGCCUGAUGAUCAUGCUGGGCCCAUUCGGGUUGUUAGCAUCGAGGGCGUUGAUUCCAACAUGUGCUGUGGGACCCAUGUGAGCAAUCUCAGUGACCUUCAGGUCAUUAAGAUUCUGGGCACUGAGAAGGGGAAAAAGAACAGAACCAACCUGAUAUUUCUGGCUGGGAACCGGGUGCUGAAGUGGAUGGAGAGAAGUCAUGGAACUGAAAAAGCACUGACUGCUCUGCUUAAGUGUGGAACAGAGGAUCAUGUGGAAGCAGUGAAAAAGCUCCAGAACUCCACCAAGAUCCUGCAGAAGAAUAACCUGAAUCUGCUCAGAGACCUGGCUGUGCACAUUGCCCAUAGCCUCAGGAACAGUCCAGACUGGGGAGGUGUGGUCGUAUUACACAGGAAGGAGGGUGAUUCAGAGUUCAUGAAUAUCAUUGCCAAUGAGAUUGGGUCAGAGGAGACCCUCCUGUUCUUAACCGUGGGCGAUGAGAAAGGUGCUGGACUCUUCUUACUGGCAGGGCCACCUGCGUCUCUGGAGACCCUGGGGCCCAGGGUGGCUGAGGUCCUGGAAGGCAAAGGAGCAGGGAAGAAAGGCCGUUUUCAGGGCAAGGCCACCAAGAUGAGCCGGCGGAUGGAGGCGCAGGCGCUUCUCCAGGACUACAUCAGCACGCAGAGUGCUAAGGAGUGAGGGCUUAGGGCACUCACCUCCUGUUUCCACAGGAAUCUUUUGGUCAAUAAAAUAGAUUGACUCAGAA